ACCUAAAAUCACACGUGUCUAGCAACGACCCCGGCCAUUCCCAGCUACGUCAAAUUGUACGUUGGAACAAUUCUGCACGCGUCAACACCGAACCGGGCAAUCUCGUGCUAAACGUGCAACGGAGGAAGCAGGCUUUUAGCAAUCAAGCUUUUUUACUUAUUUUGGCUUAGGAUAAGCUCAAUCUGAGAAGAUCAAAUCAACAUUUCACUAGCAUCACAGAUUCACAAGUUGUCAGAAAAGGGCAUAUUCCUUUGUUUCCCAGUUCAUAAUUUGGAUCUGAUCGUCAGCUAAAUCAGUCAAUUAUCGAAGGAAUCAAUCGCAGUCAUGGCGACUCCAGAGUUUCUGCAAAGAGAAGCCGACCUUCUCCUUUCAUCUCCCUUGAUUGAGCUUCGUAAAGUGUCAUGUGGAUAAAAUUAUGCCCUUUUGAGAAAAUUCAAAGCUUUCCCUUCUGGGAAAAUUCGGUGAUGUUUGUUUUACAUUUUCGGCAGGAGAAAAUGGAAGAUCCCGUGGGCUCAUGAUUGAGAAGAAGAUUGAGCUUCUCGAGACCUUGACCGGAAAAGUUACAAAUCGACGUUCUCGGAGAUGGCUAAAUGAUCGUUUGUUGAUGGAACUUGUUCCCCGCUUGAGUGCAGAAGAAAUCAGAGGCUUAUUUGCUCCGCCACCAUGGGGUGAUGAUGUGCCACCAUCAGCAUUUUGCAUGACUAACAUUGGAGAAUGGGACAAGUUUAGGAAUAUAGACAUGGAUAAAGAGGCAAAUAUUAUUGGUGCCUUCAGUAACUUAUCUACGAAGAAGAAAUUUCAUGGUGAUGGUGAUAAGAUGGCUGUCUUGAAUGCAUGGCAAAGAAUUGAUUGUCGAACAAGGGAGGCACUACGACGUAGCUUUCUUUCAGAGCUUAUUGCAGGCUACGAGGAUUGCAUAAGAACCUUCAUCAAGGAAAGUGGAGAUGGAGAUGUCCUUGAAUUACAGGUCCAAGAUCCUUUCCAUAGAUUAUUGCUGCAUGGUGUCUGUGAGUUCUACAACUUGGUCUCAGUAACAGUUACACAGUCAAAGGAUGCAAAGUCACUGAAGGUGACAAGGAUAAAGAGGAAGAAGACGGGUGUGGUUGAGCUUCCGAAUAUCACGUUGUCCCAUUUCCUGAAAAUGUCAAAGGAGGGCAUUUGGUAGUUCUAUGGGCAGGAAUUCUCAUCCAUGUUGAUAAAUAAAAAUUAGUUUGCAAUGCUGCAUUCUAACUUAAUGUAUCUUGAUGAAGUAAUUCAUUUGCCUUUAGUCAUCACCUGUACAAAGCUAGGGUGGCGAAAUUUAUAAUUUCUUCCAGUCAACAAAACUGGUUGAUUGCAAGUUUAGGGUCUAGUUAAGAAACGUGAUUCCUUCAAACUCUUGUUGUACUUUAUAUGGAUAGUCUCGUAUUUCUAUUCCUUAUCAACAGCUACCACUUUUCUGUGUUUGAGUGUUUA